GAGCGUAGAAACAAGAGUACCAAAUUUGAGAAAUGGUGAGGAAAGAGAAAGAGUCAAUUGGAAGUGCCGGUGCCGGUGCCGGUGCCGAUGAGGGUAAUAUUACGGGGGUUCGCACUCACGGAGGUCGCUACGUCAAGUACAAUCUGUACGGAAAAUUCUUCGAACUUCCCGCCAAAUAUGUACCUCCUAUUCGCCCCAUUGGUCGAGGCGCUUAUGGCCUCGUCUGUGCUGCUGUUAAUUCAGAGACUCGGGAAGAAGUUGCCAUCAAGAAGAUUGCUGAUGCCUUUGACAGUCUUACCAAUGCCAAGAGGACUUUGAGGGAGAUUCUUCUUCUUCGCCACAUGGACCACGAAAAUAUCAUUGCCAUUAAGGAUAUCAUUCGACCUCCUAAGAAGGACACCUUCAACGAUAUCUACAUUGUCUCUGACUUGAUGGACAUUGAUCUGUACCACGUUCUUCGUUCUGAUCAACCUCUUAACCAUGACCACUCUCAGUACUUUUUAUACCAGCUCUUACGGGGACUGAAAUAUGUGCAUUCCGCUAAUGUCUUGCAUCGUGAUCUUAAGCCUAGUAAUAUACUUCUCAAUGCAAAUUGUGACCUUAAAAUUGCAGACUUUGGCCUCGCAAGGACCACAUCCGAAACCGAUUUCAUGACUGAAUAUGUUGUCACCCGAUGGUACCGUGCCCCUGAAUUACUCCUUAACUGUUCUGAUUACACCGCCGCGAUUGAUGUGUGGUCUGUUGGUUGCAUAUUUGGUGAAAUUAUGACUAGAGAACCUUUGUUCCCCGGGAAGGAUUAUGUUCAUCAAUUAAGGCUUAUAACAGAGUUAAUAGGUUCACCUGAUGAUGCCAGCCUUGGAUUUCUCCGAAGUGAAAAUGCCAAAAGGUAUGUUAGACAGCUUCCGCAAUGUAGGAAGCAAAAAUUCUCUGCCAGAUUCCCUAAUAUGUCUGCGGAUGCAUUGGACUUGCUAGAAAAAAUGCUUAUAUUUGAUCCCAACAAACGCAUCACAGUUGAUGAGGCACUUAGUCACCCAUAUCUUUCAUCACUUCAUGACAUAAAUGAUGAGCCAGUUGGUCCUAGGCCAUUCAGCUUUGAUUUUGAGCACCCAUCAUACACCGUAGAGCACAUGAAGGAUCUUAUAUGGAGGGAAGCAGUGAAGUUCAAUCCAGAUCCUCCAGGUCCUUAGUUGGACAAAGUACAAAAUUUAACACAAAAAGCUUCUUUCAUCUUAGGUAUGGUUCUCAUGUGAUCAGGUGGAAAAAGAACCAAGUCCUUGGGAGAGCAUAUAUGCAGUAUUUCUUAUUUGGAUGUUUAAUUCUAAAGGAAGAAGCAUGAUGCCUCCCUGAGGAAUAUCGUUAGCAUUUUUCAAUGAAUGAACCUCAGCGCGAAGAGAAAAGUUGUAGUUAAGCGAAAAAGCAAAAAGUAAAUCCUUCCUACGCAUAUACUCCCAAUUGAUGCAAA